AUGGCACGCAAACCAAACGCUCGAUCUACAGAGCCUGACUUGACAGAAGAGCAGAAGCACGAGAUUCGGGAGGCCUUCGACCUCUUCGACUCCGAUGGCUCCGGCCGAAUAGACGUCAAGGAGCUCAAAGUGGCGAUGAGAGCCCUUGGAUUUGAACCCAAGCGGGAGGAGUUGAAGAGAAUGAUCGCAGAGGUGGAUACGUCUGGCUCUGGGAUGAUUGACCUUAACGAUUUCUUCAGGAUAAUGACUGCCAAGAUGGCGGAGCGCGACUCGCGAGAGGAGAUCCUCAAGGCUUUCAGGCUUUUUGAUGAGGACGACACCGGAAAGAUCUCGUUCAAAAACCUGAAAAAGGUCGCCAAGGAGCUGGGAGAGAACCUUACUGACGAGGAGAUCCAGGAAAUGAUCGACGAGGCAGAUCGCGACGGCGACGGCGAGAUCAACGAGGAGGAGUUCCUCAGGAUAAUGCGCCGCACGUCCCUCUAUUAG